CGGUUCAUGCCGGUUCAAACUGGUUCAGAUCGGUUCAGACCAGAUCAAACUGGUUUAGACCGGCUGAGACCGGUUCAGACUGGCCGAGACCAGUUUAAACUAGUUCGGACCAGUUCAAACUGGUUCAGACCAGAUCAAACCGGUUAAGACCAGUUUAGACAGGUUUAGACCGGUUCAGAGCAGAUCAAACCAGUUUAGACCAGUUGAAACCAGUCUGGACCAGUUUCAACUGGCUCAGGCCGAUUGAGACUGGUUUAGACCGGUUCAGACUGGAUAAAACCAGUUUAGACCGGAUCAAACCAGUUUUAACUGGCUCAAACUGGAUCAAACCGGAUCAAACUGGUUCGGGAUGGUUCAAACUGGUUCAGGCCAGUUCAAAUCGGUUUAGACCAGUUCAGACCAGAUCAAACCGGUUUACACCGGUUGAAACUGGUUCAGAUCGGUCGAGACCGGUUCAAACCAGUUCAGGCCGGUUCAAACCGGUUCAGACCAGUUCAAGCUGGUUUAGACUGGCUCAAAUCUACAACAUAAGCAAAUUAACACGUCUUUGCCCAGUUGAAAUAACAAUACCCUGGGGAGUAGUCCUGACUCCACCCCCAUGGAGGGGUCAGGACCUGGCCUUCUGGGAUUUGGAGUCCAGACCAGGCAUGAGGGGCUGGGAUAGAUGCGAGGGGCUGGGGCCUAUGUUCCCAACUUGACAGUCCUGAGAGCCAGGGCCCAGGUUCCACCCCUGCUUGGAGAAUCUGCAGGCCACUGGUGGGCUGAGGUCACUGGAUUUCCCUGUAUGCUUCAUGUGUCUGCUCCUGUCAUAGCCUAUCCUACACCCUCCUCUCUCCUGUCUGACAUGAAGCUGCAGGAAUAAGGGUCCUGAGCAGGAAGGUGUUAAGUGGGAAUGUCCUGCAUCCUUCCAUCCUCUUGCUUUCCCAUCCCUACAUUUCCCCACCCUCCACUCUCCAGAUGCCACCUUCCCACUCCCCCUUCUCCAUCAUUUUCCAUGGUUAGGCCUGAGACAAGUCAUUGCUGCUGUGGUUCUCCAAAGUUAGAGACCUAGAUCUCCUGUCUGCGGUUGGUGGUGGGAACUGUGCCCUCCUCCAGGGACAGCGCUGCUUCUGCACCAACAAACCCAAGCUGUUUGGCAGGUCCCCAAGACUUAAUUAAGGACCAGAUAAAGAUUCAGUGACAGUCAUCUUUCUAAGGGUGGGCUUUUAGUUCCCUCCCACUCUGGCUCCUCCCCUUGAUCUCUCCAUUCCUCCUUAUCCUCAUCCUUCCAUUUUUCCAUAUCCUUUAAAAGUUUUACACAAGUUCCUCCUGGAUCAAAUCACUGCCAUCACUGGAUUCACAUUAGGACAACGGCUACCCUGGGUUGGAGCUUACUGAGUCCCCUGUCUUCGAUCUCAUCUUGCUCACUAUAGCUCUGUCUAUUAACUGUUUUCACAGGUUUCUCCAGGACUGAAUGACAGCGAUCACAGGAUCCACUGCAGAAGAUCAAGCUAAAACUCUUUUCCUGUUUCAUGAAGUCACCCAACCUAUGCCCCUUAAACCCUAGGGACAGAGCCUACUACCACCUCCAUCUUCUCCCUCCCACAGGAAGCAACCAAUGAAAGAGUGCGCCUCCUCUUCUUUUUAUUUGCCCUUAGGGACAGAUAAAUGACCUAUUAACCUAAAGAAGAAACCUUAGACAAACUGAGUGCCCCUGACUCAAUACAAUGAUCAGCACAACUGCCUGACAGGAAAGCCAACACAGCAACGAAAACAUCCACUGGCACCAUUCACGAAACUCUAGAGAACACAUCCACUGGUAAACUUCCCUACCAGAGCUCCCUCUUCUACUCUAUGAAGCCCAAGCACUUCACCUGGACACAGUCUCUAUCCCCAGGAGAGACCUGAGUCCUUCAGCUGCUCUGAUUAGAGGACAGUCUGUCCCUAUAGAGGCUGCUCCCCUCUUUCUUUUAUUUCCAGCUCUCCUCCCUUAGUUCUGGUCAAACACCCUUUCCCAGCACAGGAAAGGCUUGUAAAGACAAGAAUUCACUGGCCUCCUGGUUGGUGCAACAACAGAAGGAAGCCCUGAAGCUGCAUGGGAAAGAGCUGUAUGUCCAGGCCAUAUCUGAGGGCUGUCAACACAGGAGCAGCUCAGUCUCAGAAGUGACACAGAGAGGCUCAACAUAAGGCUCCGUAACUCUUGGACCCCUCCCACCACACUUGCAAACAGAUGGACCUGGAGCUACAGGGGCCCUUUUCUCUGUCAGAGGAGGACUGGAUGCUAAAAAUACAUAAGAACAAAGGAAGAGAAGAUCUCUGCCACACUGCAUCCUGGAAAAGGAAAACUGAGGAUUUGCUCCAAAAUUACACACAGCUACUAAUUCUACAAAAAUCUUGCCCAAGAGGCAAGGACACCUUUGUCUGGAAAAGGUGGCGUAAAAAUAAAGGAGAGGAGAGUGGACAUCUGAUUGAGAUCCAAGACUUAUUUGGCCUAAGCCCAGACUCCCAGGAAGAGUCUCAAUUAAUAGUAUUAGAGGGAGCUGCUGGCAUUGGGAAGUCAACACUGGCCAAGCAGGUGAGGAGAGCAUGGGGGAAAGGCCAGCUCUACAGGGAUCGCUUCCAGCAUGUCUUCUACUUCAGCUGCAGAGAGCUGGCCCAGUACAAGCAACUGAGUCUGGCUGAGUUCAUAGCAAAAGACCAGGCUGUACCCACAACUCCCAUCAGGCAGAUACUGUCUCACCCUGAGAAGCUGCUCUUCAUCCUAGAUGGCAUAGAUGAGCCAGCAUGGGUCUUGGAAGAACAGAAUCCUGAACUCUGUCUACACUGGAACCAGCAUCAGCCUGUGCACACACUGCUGGGCAGUUUGCUCAAGAAAUCCAUCCUGCCUGGGGCUUCCUUGCUGCUCACAGUUCGGACCACAGAUAUUCAAAUGAUAAUUCCUUCUUUGGGGCAGCCACAUUGGGUGGAAGUCCUGGGAUUCUCUGAGUCUGGACAGAAGGAAUAUAUGCACAAAUAUUUCACAGGAAAAAGAGAAGCAAACAAAGCUGUUAGCUUGGUUAAAUCAAACCCAGUGCUCUCAACACUAUGCCUGGUGCCCUGGGUGUCCUGGCUGGUCUGCACCUGCCUGAAGCAGCAGAUGGAUCAGGGAGAAGACCUCUCCCUGACCUCACAGACCACCACAGCCCUCUGCCUGAAAUACCUUUCCCAGACAAUACCAGUCCAGCAACUCAGGACCCAUCUCAGAAGACUCUGCUCACUGGCUGCUGAGGGGAUCUGCCGGAGAAGGACCCUGUUCAGCGAAUUAGAUCUCCAGAAGCAAGGUUUAGCUGAGGAUGUCAUUGCCGCUUUCCUGAAGUUUGGUCUCCUUCAAAAGCAAACCAGCUCUCUGACUUACAGUUUUGCCCACUUGUGUCUCCAGGAAUUCUUUGCAGCAAUGUCCUACAUCUUGGGCGAUAGUGAGGAGAGAUACAGUGAUAUGGAAAGCUACAAAAUCGUGGAAAAACUGAUAGAAGUGUAUGGAAGACGAGACCUGUUUGAGACACCCACCAUGCGCUUCCUAUUUGGUCUUUUAAGUAAAAACGGAAUGAGAGAGUUGUAUAAGAUCUUUGCCUGCAGGUUUCCUUGGAAGACAUGGUUGUACCUGCAGUGGCACAUCCUAGAAGAAGCCCUGUACCAUCAACCAUAUUCCCUGGGUUUACUCCAUUGUCUGUAUGAGAUUCAGGAGAAAAAGCUCCUGACAGAUGUGAUGCACAACUAUCAAGAAACGAGGGCACAUGCCCCAGUGGAUAUGCUACACCCAAGGUUCCUGACAAACAUGAAGCACCUGGUGGUCCAGACAGACGUGGAGCUCAUGGUGGUCACCUUCUGUAUUAAGUUCUGCUGCCAUGUGAAGAGGCUUCAGCUGAACGAUUGUGGACAACAGGGACCAAUGCUGACGGCCCCCAGGAUGGUUCUGUCCAGGUGGACCCCUAUAACUAAUGCCAGUUGGAAGAUUCUUUUCUACACUCUUAACUAUACCAGAAGCCUGCAGGAGCUGGACCUAAGUGGGAAUCCAAUGAGCUACUAUGCACUGCGGAGUCUUUGUAGGACACUGAGAUGCCCUGGAUGUCAUCUUAGAACAUUGUGGCUUGUCAACUGUGGCCUCACAUCCAGCUGCUGUGAGGACCUGGCCUCAGUGCUCAGUGCCGGCUCCAGCCUGACUGAGCUAGACCUGCAGCUGAAUGACCUGGGAGACCGUGGUGUGAGGCAGCUGUGUAAGGGGCUCAGGAAUCCUGCCUGCAACCUCAGAAUUCUGUGGCUGGACCAGGCCUCUCUCAGUGACCAGGUGAUGAUGAAGCUCAGGCUCCUAGAGGCAAAGAAUCCACGCCUGCUCAUCUCCAGCACAUGGGAGCCACAUGUGAUAGUCCCUAAUAAGAACCCGGAUGGAGAAGAAAUGGGUGAGAGCCCAAUCUCAUUCAAGCAACAGAGACCACAGUCAGAACACAGACACAUGGAAGCACUGGGGACUGAAGAUGACUUCUGGAGCCCUACAGGAUCUGUAGCUACUGAGGUGAUUGACAGAGAAAGGAACCUGUACAGAGUUCAAAUCCCUGAGGCUGGUUCCUACCACUGUCCCAGCACAGGACUCCACUUUGUGGUGACGAGGGCAGUGACCAUCGAGAUUGGAUUCUGUGCCUGGAGCCAACACCUGGACCAGACUCCCUUGCAGGACAGUCACAUGGUGGCUGGGCCUCUGUUUGACAUCAAGGCUGAGCGGGGAGCUGUGGCUGCUGUGCAUCUCCCUCACUUUGUGAAUCUCCAAGAGGGACAGGUGGACAUCUCCUGGUUCCAUGUGGUCCACUUUCAAGAACAUGGGAUGGUCCUAGAAACGCCAGCCAGGGUAGAGCAACACUGCAUAAUCUUGGAAAACCCAAGCUUCUCCCCAGUGGGAGUUCUACUGAGAAUUAUGCCUGCUGUCAGAUAUUUCAUCCCCAUCACUUCUGUCACGUUGAUCUACUAUCACCUCAAUCUCCAGGAUGUCACCCUUCAUCUCUACCUGAUCCCCAAUGACUGCACCAUUCGGAAGGCCAUUGAUGAUGAAGAAAUGAAGUUUCAGUUUGUUCGAAUAAACAAGCCACCCCCACUAGAUUCUCUUUAUAUUGGCUCCCGCUACACAGUGUCUGCUUCCAAGAAGCUGGAAAUCAUCCCUAAGGAACUGGAGCUGUGCUAUCGUAGCCCCGGGGAAUCCCAGCUCUUCUCUGAGAUCUACGUUGGACACAUGGGUUCAGGGAUUAAGCUGCAAAUCAGAGACAAGAAGAGUAGCAAUCUCAUAUGGGAAGCCUUGCUGAAACCAGGGGACCUCAGACCUGUACCACCCAUGAUCCCUGCAGUUCACAAAGAUGCUGCUGCCUUCCAACACUUUGUGGACCAGCAUAGGGAGCAGCUGGUGGCCCGAGUGACAUCAGUGAACCCUCUCUUGGACAAACUGCAUGGUCUGGUGCUGAGUGAAGAGGAGUAUGAGGCAGUGCGGGCUGAAGCCACCACCCAAGACAAGAUGCGGAAGCUCUUCAGCUUUAGCCGGUCCUGGAGCUUGGACAACAAAGAUCGAGUGUACCAAGCUCUGAAGGAGACCCAUCAUCACCUGAUCGUGGACCUCUAUGAGAAGCCAGGAAGUGUCUCUAUGAGAUCUUGACAUCUUAGGGGCUGAAGAGUGAGCACUCAAAUGAUUCCUGACUCUGCCUGACUUUCAUUUUGCCCUAUGUUUCUAAAUCUAUAAACUGGUGGCCACCUGAGUUACUUUACUGAUGGCACUGUUUCCAGGAGACCUCUUGGGGACCCAAACUUAUGGGAAACAAUGAAAGCAGUUCUAAGAGACAAAUUCAUAGUGCUAAGUGAAUACAAAUAAUACUACAGAUAUAAUACUAUCAACUUAACAGGACACCUGAAACCUCUAGAACAACAAAAAAAAAAUCACACUCAAGAGGAGGCAAUGUCAAGAAAUAAUCUAACUCAGGACUAAAAUCAAUGAAAUAGAAACAAAGAGAAAAAAUAAAAAGAAUCAAUAAAAUGUAGAGUUUUUUUUUUCCCUGUGGGCUGCCAGCUCACAAAAAAAAGUGACACAGAAACUUAUUAUCAAUUAUAAAAGCUUGAUCUCAGCUUUGGCUUGUUCUACUGGCUCUUAUAACUUAAAUUAACCCAUAUUUUUAAAUCUACAUUCUUUUAUGUGGCUUGGUUACCUUUACCCUGUAUUGCCCAUCCUGCUUCCUCAAU